GCGCGCCUCAGAGCUGACAGCUCCAGUAAACCAAACUGACCUUCCUUGCGGCCUCGUCGCUCGUCCUGGAGCCAGACGAGGACCUUGAAUGAUUUUCAUUUGAUCUUCUGCGUUUGUUUUAUUGUGCAGACACACAGCCAUGCCCACGAAGCUGGACGUUCCUCCGCUGCAGGAGCUGAACGUGGAUGAGAUCAAUGUGUCUUCUGCAGUGCUGAAGGCCGCUGCCCACCAUUAUGGCUCCCAGUGUGACAAAUCCAACAAGGAGUUCAUGCUCUGCCGCUGGGAGGAGAAGGACCCCAGAAAGUGUAUAGAAGAAGGGAGGAAAGUCAACGAGUGUGCUCUCAACUUCUUCAGGCAAAUCAAGGGAAACUGUGCCGAGUCCUUCACCGAGUACUGGACCUGUCUGGACUAUUCAAACUUGGCGGAACUGCGGCACUGCCGUAAGCAGCAGCAAGCCUUCGACGGCUGCGUCCUUGAUAAACUGGGGUGGCAGAGACCCGACCUGGGAGACCUGUCUAAGGUGACCAAAGUGGCGACCCAGCGGGCCCUCCCCGAGAACCCCUACCAAUCUAGACCACGUCCUGAAGCCAACCCAGCCAUUGAGGGUAAACUGGAGCCUUCCAAACAUGGUAGUAGGUUAUUCUUCUGGAGCUGGUGACACAGUUUGAUAAAGGAAGGAAAGAUGGAUGAUUGUGUUAACAAAGUCCAAGAAUCCAUACAUCUUUCUCAACCACUUCUGUAAAUGUAAUGAGUGAACAAAUGCAACAUGCUGUUAUUGUUGUCAAAUAAUAAAAAGAUAAAUUACAA